UGGGUAUCGUUGGCCUGGCCCUCUCUCGCUCUCUCUCUCUCUCUCUCUUUCUGUGUGUCUCUCUGUCGGUCUCUGUGGUUAAGUCGGUAGGAUUCAAAUCAAAGGAGGAAUGGGGGAUAGAGGAGGAGGAGGAGAGAGAAAUAUGGAGCUAUGGAAUGAGUUGGAUAGAAAGGUAGUAAUGGUGACGGGGGCAUCUUCAGGGCUAGGGCAUGAGUUCUGCUUGAAUCUCGCCAUGGCAGGUUGUUACGUUAUCGCCGCCGCUCGUAGAAAGGAUCGAUUAAAGUCUCUCUGCGACCAAAUCCACCAAAAUUGGAAAAACACUUCACCAUCAUCAUCGACGGAAAUCAGGGCUCUUGCGGUAGAGCUCGACUUAGGUGCUGCGGGGCCUGAGAUCGACGCGUCUGUGCAGAUUGCCUGGGAAGCCUUUGGCCGGAUUGAUGCUUUAGUCAACACCGCCGGAGUUAGAGGUACUGUGAAAUCUCCAUUGGAUUUGUCUGAAGAGGAAUGGAAUAAUACUAUCCAAACUAACCUAAGGGGUUCUUGGCUAGUAACAAAGUCAGUCGGCCAGCGAAUCCAUGAAAUUGGCCUAAAAGGAUCUGUUAUAUUUAUUACAUCUAUCGGUGGAAUCCAACGUGGGGAGUUACCAGGAGGUGCUGCCUAUGUUGCCUCAAAGGCUGGUCUAAUUUCCAUGACCAAGAUCAUGGCUAUAGAGUUGGGGCCACUGAAGAUGAGAGUGAAUGCAAUAGCUCCUGGGUUAUUCAAAUCAGAAAUCACAGAAGGGCUUUUGCAGAAAGAUUGGCUUAACAAUGUGGCUUUAAGGACUGUUCCCCUAAGAAAAUUUGGGACAAUUGAUCCAGCUUUGACUUCACUUAUUCGAUUUUUGAUCCAUGACACCUCUAGCUAUGUCUCUGGCAAUGUCUUCAUUGUCGACUCUGGGAACACCCUUCCUGGUAUCCCCAUUUUCUCUUCCCUUUAAGUAGUACUCUUCAAUCUCUCUCUCUCUCUAAAAAAAAAAGAAUAAGUUUCAUUGAUUUGAUUCUUGAUAGUUGUUUCACAAUAUGUCAAAAUGAUAUCGGUAUUGUUGAGUUUAGUUGGAAGAAAAUCAAAAUGGGUGAUUUAUGAAGUUUUAGUUCAAUUCUAGUAAGUAUUUCUCUGUUACAAUCUAUAGUGUAGAAAAACUUGGAUAGAAUGGAAAACCUCAGACCUAAGGGUGUAUUGAUCA